AUGGCAGAGAAGGUCGCAGGUCACCGGUUAUACGUGAAGGGCAAGCACAUCUCGUACCAGCGCGGCAAGAGGAACACCAACCCAGGUACCUCGCUCAUCGAAAUCGAGGGUGUGGACAACACCAAGGACGCUACCUUCUACCUCGGCAAGCGCAUCGCAUACGUGUACCGGGGCAAGAGGGAGAUCCGCGGCACGAAGAUAAGGGUCAUCUGGGGCAAGGUGACGCGAACACAUGGUGAGCAGACACACCAAAAAGCAGCAGUGGAGGGCUGUCGAGAAUGA